AUGGAUCAAUACGGAGAACCAGCCGCUCCUUCAGUAGACCCUUACUCUGAUGCGUACAAUGCACCAGCACCCGCUGCUGCAUCAGAAACUAGAGACCGGGACGCCCCUCCUGCACGCGGUCGUUCUCGUUCUCGGAGUCCUGGAGCCCGCAGCGCCGGUUACCGUAGUCCUUCUCACAAGCGCAGGUCCCCACCUCCUAAAAAACCAACACAUGCUCCAAUUGCGCCUAACCCCUCCCAAGUUUUGGGGGUCUUCGGAUUAAGCAUCAGAACACAAGAACGGGAUUUGGACGAGGAGUUCACUCGCUUUGGGAGAGUCGAAAAAGUUACGAUUGUCUACGACCAGAGGUCCGACCGUUCUCGUGGCUUCGGCUUCAUCAGAAUGUCCACCACCGAAGAAGCUACUCGCUGCAUUCAGGAACUCAACGGAAUCGAAUUGAAUGGACGACGCAUUCGGGUUGACUAUUCUGUCACUGAUAGACCACACGCACCAACCCCUGGGGAGUAUAUGGGACAUCGCCGCUCAACCAGGGACAGCUACUCAGGCCGCGACUCGUACCACCGCGACUCUUACCGUGACUCGUAUCGUGACCGCGAUCACCGCCGUUCCGAUCGCGAUAAGGACAGGGACCCAUACGGUCGUGAUAGCCGUGAUUGGCGCGAUCGCCGUAGCCCUCCACGCAGUGGUCGUUACUCACCUGAUUACAGGAGGCGCGGAAGCUACUCUAGGAGUCCUCCUAGGGGUAGCAGCCCUCGCAAGGAUUAUGAUGGUCCUUCAGGCAAUGGUGCAACAAGCUCCUCCAACCAGGCUGAGAACGGUAGUCGUUGGUGA